GAGGUGGACGGAGUUUCGGAUUCGGAGGUGAUCUGACCUGUGAGGGGCUGAGGAGGAGGAGGAGGAGGAGGAGGAGGAGGGAUGGGGCGGCGGCAGAAGCGGCAGGCUUUGAUGGCGGCAUUCGCGUUGGCGCUGCUCAUGGGCACCGCCGUCUACUUCCGCAUCUGGGCCCGCCAGUCCAGCGACCCCUACUUCACCGCUGACGACCGCGAGGAGCUCCGGAGGCAAUUUGAACAAGCAAACCUAGAAGCCAUGGAUGAAUCUGCCGAAUGGAGGAUGCAAUAUGACAAAGAAGUAGAGAAAAACAGGCAGUUGCAUGAUGAGCUUUCAAAGGUUAAGGCCUCAUUAGCUGGCACAGCCCGGCGUCUUGAGUUGUUGCAGAAGGAUAACGAGUUGCAGAAGAGGCAGACUGAAUCGCUGAGGCAGCAAUGCAAUUGCACUCUCCAUUGAAAGUUAUGCAAGAUUAAGGACAUGGAAGGAGUUUUUCAGCUUCUUUGGCGGAUUAGCUAUUUUUUUCCAACACCAAGGGAGGAAAACCAGAUUGAGUUCUAGGAAUGAGAACUGGCAUAUGAAAAUGAUUGAGAACAUAUAUAGUGUAUAGACCAUAGUGUUCGUCCUUUAUACCAAUGGUGAGCUGCACAGUUCAUCCAAAGUGAUCGGUGGGAACUUCAUUGGUGACAAUGCAAAGCGCAGAAGUCAAAACGUAAAAGAUGGCGCCAUAUGGUUAUAAGCUCCUAAUUUCUGAGUGAUUUUGCAGUGGCAGUUUGCAUGAGUACCUGACUAUCUGUAGAUAUACAUUGUACCCGGGGUGCAAAAAGAUGGUGACAAGUUUGAAAUC